AGCAGACGUGCAGAGCUGUUGAUUCGUUCCGCACAUUUGUUGACACAACUAGUCAACAGAGUACCAUAAACUUUACGGUUCCGGAGUUACUAGAACUUCCUGGAAUACUUUCUUCCUCUCUGUUUCGAAAAGUCGUCUACAGCUGUCUGUUACCGAAAGAGCUCUCAUCUGCUGGACUGGUUCUGAAAGGUAGACACAACAUGAAGGUACUGUUUCUGGUGUGCCUGCUUGCAAGCGUGUUGCAUGGUUCUCUGACACAAAGUGGUAAUGAAUCUGAGGAUAAACUAGGCGAGAUAGAGGAAUUAGUCAACGCUUUGGGACAGAGUCUGGUACAGUUAUCGGACAAGGUCGACAAACUCCUGGACGACAAAAAGGCUCCUGGCGCCAAAAAGAAUCCAAUAUGGCUUCCACUGAAGUUCGAGGAGGCGCGAAGGCAGUACGGGGAGAAAGAAAACGAGUUCAGCUUGUCCUUCAAGAGCGCUAUCCGAAGUCCUGACGUGGACAUCUUGUGGAGGCUUCAGCCCGUGGGAGAGACAAAGAUCGUCAAGCUACAGCCCAUCACGGACUCCAACCCCAGCGAUGACCCGGCUUACCUGGCAGAGGUCAAGACAAAGGUCAGAGUGGACAAGAGAGGAGAGCUCACUCUCACUGUCUCGAUACAAGGGUAUGAGGUACUGUUCUUGUUUGACAACUCCGCCCUCACAGCCAGACAGUCGCGCAGCCAGCGAGACAUUCCCUUUCACAACUUCGCCGUGGACGUCCCGGAGACCGUCAGCUACCAGAAGGGAGAACAGAUCGUCCUGCCUGUGGUCGCUAAGAACGCAGGAGAAGACAAGUACAAGAUCAACGUGGGUGUCGACUUAAUGUACCUGGAUCCUUCCAAACACGUCGCUGUGCACAGCUGUCUCCAAAACGGUCAGGAUGAUAUUGUCUGUGAAGCCGAUACGAAGACGAAAUACUUCUCCUCCAUGGAUCUCGAGCUGCUUGUAAACACGGGUAUAGUUAACCCUAACGGUUUCAGUAAGGUUUUCUCCACCUUCCAAGAUUUCAGCGCUCUCGUCAGCGGUGUUAGGUUAACUAGAAUUAUUAGUAUAGUUCCUGACGGCCAGAAAGAAGCGUUCCCCAAAGAUUUCUAUGACGUAGUAGCUAAGAACGGAGAGUGUUCUUUCAGUGAGAGGAAAUGCGACAUUCAGUGCACUGUCUAUGGCAACGUGAAGAAGGGGGACGCCAAGCCCGAAGUGACCUUUUCCAAAUUUGACGAAGACGACAAACCAGAACCUCUGAUCGGAGGAAGGGUCCAGUACACCGACAGCCCAGGACAAAAGAUAGCCGAAACAGACUUCAAGGUCCCGAAACCUGACAAGGACACGACUGAAGAGAAAUUUGUUUGCUCCGUGAAACCUCCUAAAGGGAAGAAAGUAGAAUCAACCGCAAAGGUCACAUUCUCUUUCAAAACGCAUGUAGUCGAAGAGAAAUCGUACAUGGAGAUAAAUGAAAAGCUGGCGAAGGUCAGGUGCUCCGCUACCGGUAACCACAGGCUCGAGACCAUGGCUACGCUCCGCGUGAGGCCUCCAGGUGAGGAAGAUUACGUCGAUUUGAAGUACCAGGACCUGGGCACCAUGAAGGUCGGCGCUCGAGAAGUAGCCAGUGUGUUCACAUUCCCGCAUAACUAUGGCCGGAUCGACAUGAACCGUGUGGUGGCGACCUGCUACACAAGGGACAGGUCUGGGGGGUUUGAUUCCUUCGUGCUCAGCAAAAUCACAUACUUGAAGCCAGAUUCAGAUGGCAAUUAAAGUGACGUGUGAUUUUAAAUCAUCAAUUUGAGUUAACUGGGGAUUUUUUUUACAUCACUUUUGCUUCGGUGAAUGCUUAGAAUCCCUUCUUAAAGUAGAUCGGAAUUCUAUUUUUGAACAACCCAGUACCAUGGACUAAAGGUAUACGAAGUUUUAAAAAACUAUUAUAGCAUUGAUAACAUGAUUUUGGAGAAAAAAAAAUCACUCGAUCUAAAAACGGGUAAAAACAGAAUCCCAGAAAACAUGGUAUUGUAAAUUUGUCCUCCAAAUAUUAAACAAAAGUAGGGGGGGGGGGGUAUUUAUUGUCAAGAUCUACCUAUCUAUUGGAACAUUAAAUCAUACCUCAGCGUUUCAAAUUAUGUUUAGACACGUUUUCCCCACACAAAGCCUGGUAUGCUUUCAUUUCUCGAAGGCCGAAGUUUCAUUUUCAAAUUUACUUCUUAAGGUUACAGUCUACUAGUUUUGUCACACAAUGUUAAUUCAAAUUGUAAUGUCUUUUCAGAUUACAUAAAAUGCUAUACCUUGCGGUUAUGUAGAGUGUUUAGCUCAAAUCACUAUAUUAUAUUAUUAUUCAAGGU